UGCCCGGCAACCAAAAAUUUUCAUUGGGCCAAAACAAAGAAAUAAAUAUUUACGUUUAAGAGCCACAAAAAAUGUCUAAUAAGCCGGUUAUUUGCUUUGAUACUUCUAAAAAUGAACGUUUUCAAUUAUCUGACAACUACAAGAUGUUACAUCGCAAACUUAAGGUCAACUGGAGUGUCGAACAAAACGAUGCUGAACUCAGAAAGGAGCGCUUGGCAAAAGUGAAAGUUUUCGUCCUUGCCGGUCCCCAGGAUCGGUUUACCGAGGACGAGUUUGAGGUUCUGAAGCACUAUGUAGAGGUGCAAGGAGGCAGUUUAUUGGUGCUCCUGGGCGAAGGUGGAGAGGCAGAGUUCAAUACCAAUGUUAACUUCUUCCUGGAGCAGUAUGGAAUCUACAUCAAUGGGGACAACGUGGUGCGACCCCAUUACUACAAGAAUUUUCAUCCCAAGGAGUGUACCGUUGGCGGAGGCGUGGUGUGCGAGUCCAUGUGGAGACACCUUCUAAAACUGGACAUAGAAAAAGUGGAUUACGAUUUCAGCGACGAGAAGUACAAGAUACACUUUCAAUAUCCCUACGGGGCUACUCUGAAUGUUUCCGAACCAGCGAAUGUCCUACUGACCACUGGUCCCGUGGUAUAUCCUUUCAAUCGUCCCCUGGCUGGGUAUUAUACCAAUGGAAAAGGCGGCAAGAUUCUGGCUUUGGGCUCUGGAUAUAUUUGGCAUGAUAAGUAUCUACAGGACAAAACCAACGAUGCCAUGUUGGAGUAUUUGCUGAAGCUACUGGGAGGAGAGGAGAUCAGCUAUACUCAUUUGGAUUUUAAUGAUGUGGAGAUCAGUGACAACAAGAACUUUACGGACCUGGCCUUCCUCGCCGACAUGCCCAAGGCCUGCCUGAUCGACUCCAUUGGCUCCGAGAUGCCGACGGACUUUAAGCAAAUGUUCGACAUGAAUCUAUGUUCUCUGAGUAAUCGGCUGCUUAAGGACGUAAUGGACACCUACGAGCAGUUGCACGUAAAGUACGAGCCCCUGAAGAUAAUCAAGCCGCAGUUUGAGAUACCGCUGCCCAGUCUCCAGUUGGCCACAUUUCCGCCCAUCUUCAGUGAACCGCCUGCUCCGCCGCUGGAGCUGUACGAUCUUGACGAGACGUUCAGUGGAGCCCGCUCCCAGUUGGCCCAUAUGACGGGCCAGUGUCUGCAGGCCCUGCAGUCCAAGGAGCCCCAGCGCAGGGCUCUCAACCAGCGGGAAUUGGAGAACUACGUUAAGGAGUGCGCCCGGAUUACGGCCAUUGUGGACGAGCGACAAGAUAUGGCCGCCCGCGAGAUUCUCAACAUAGUGGCCCGGCAGAUAGCCAGCUACAGGCCGUAUGCGGAGGAUUAGGAGGUGCUCUCCAGUUACCGGUCGAGCGGCACAUUCCGCGCAACAUU